AUGAUGGGCAAGUCAAAACCGACGCACGGCGACCCACAGCUUCUGGAUUUUCAUUACGCCGCUCAAGUUAGCUUGUGUUUGUUGAAGCCGAUCGGCGUCUGGCCGUUGAGGCAAGAGGACACCGCGUUGGGAACGGUCGUGCGCGCCUCGUCGAUCUUCCUCGCCACGUUUCUCCAGCUCUUCAUGAUCAUCCCGUGGAUCGUUUACAUAUGUACCGCGCAAUGCGACUUUUACGAGAUCCUCAGGACCGCAUGUCCGCUGAUCUUCUCUGUCACGGUUUUCCUGAGAUACCUGCUGUUGCUGUUCCACCAAGACGAGAUCAAAUUCUGCAUCGAACGCGUUGCCGAAGACUGGCGUAACGUCACGCUAGCCGAAGAUCGCGAGAUCAUGUUGGCGUACGCUAAAUCGGGACGUUGGUUUGGAAUGAUCUCGGUGUCCUUCAUGUUCGGCAGCGGUCUACUUUACUGCAUCGUGCCCCUCGUGGCGCCGCCGAUCGUUUCCGUGGACAACGUGACGAUCCGACCGUUUCCCAACCCCUGCGAACUGCUCAUACUGGACGCCCAGGUCAAUUCAAUUUUAACUGCCAAAUUUGUUACUCACGUGUGCGGCCAGUGUGAGAUACUGACGUAUUUCUUCGACGAGUUGGUCGACGGCGGUGAUCGAAAUCAAGGUACCAUCGAUCAGAGGAUCGCCACCGCGGUAAUAUAUCAUCUACGAAUUCUCAGAUUCGUUGCCGACGUCGACAAAGUAAUGAACGAAAUAUGUUUAGCAGAAUUCUUAAAUGCUUCGAGUAAUAUAUGCUUACUCGGAUAUUAUGUAAUUAUGGACUGGAAAAAUCAAGAAUCGAUGUUACAGAUUUCCACGUACUUCCUCGCCUUCAUAUCCAUUACUUUUAAUAUAUAUAUCUUUUGCCAUAUCGGCGAAAUGCUCGUGGAACAAUGCCAGAAGGUAGGCACUAAAUGUUACGCGAUCGAGUGGUAUCGAUUGCCGCAUAAUAAGGCGCGCAGCUUGCUUUUUUCGAUUCUUAUGUCAAAUUAUCCGAUUGAGCUUACCGCCGGCAAGAUGCUGACGAUGACCAUGAGCAGUUUCUCUAAUAAUAACAAGGACAUAUUGCCUUGGCUUUCAAUUGUGGAGAAAUCUCACGACCGCGCCAGAAUUACCAGGAUGAUAGUCCGCAAUGUAUAUUAUCAGAAGGACGUGAGAUACGUCCUCGAACAGACUCACAUCGUGCUUCGCGUGCUCGGCAUCUGGCCGUUGACCGACAGACGGCCAACCACGAUUGAAAAGUUAUCAAGUAUUUUCCGCGUGAUCAUCUGUUACUUUUUCCUCAAUUGCGACCUGCUGCCGGGUGUGCUUUAUUACAUAUUUUCCGACGACGAUACGAUCGUGAAGGUGAAAGUGAUGCCGCCUAUUCUGUACUCGAUUAUGGCGAUCACCAAGUACAGCAAUUUUUUAAUCUUCGGACGCGAGAUCAGGCGUUGUUUAAGGUACGUCAAGGAGGAUUGGAAAACGAUGCUCAUCGGGGAUGCAAGGGACAUGAUGAUGGCUAAUGCAAGUACCACUAGACGGCUGUUCACCAUAUGUUGCGCGUUCAUGUAUUGCGGCGGGGUCUCCUAUAAUACGAUAGUGCCAUUGUCGAGGGGGAAGAUAGUCACCGAUCAGAACGUCACGAUCAGAGCGCUAUCCAGUCCCGGUUAUUACGUUUUCUUCGAUCCGCAGAGCAGCCCGGGCUACGAGCUGGUGUUUCUUUCGCAGUGCCUUUGCGGCCUCGUCAUGUACACGAUUACGGUGACGACUUGCGGCUUAGCCGCGUUCUUCGUGCUACAUGCGUGCGUUCAGAUGGAGAUCUUGAUGCGACUAAUGAAAGAUCUUAUCGACGAGAGCGAAUCUAGGCAGAAGGAUGUCGUUCCGAAACUGAUUACUAUAAUCGAACAUCAGAUAAGGGUGCGAAAUUUUUUGAAUCUAGUGGAAACUACCUUACGCUACGCUAACUUAGUCGAAAUAGUAGGAUGCACCACAAUCAUAUGUCUUGUGGGCUACUGUAUGAUAGGGGAGUGGGAAGAUAAAAACCUGACGGCCCUGAUUACGUACGUAACUGUUCUCGUGUCCGUUUUUAUUAACAUUUUUACUUUGUGUUAUAUCGGGGAAUAUGUGAGGACGCAGGCAGAAGAAGUGUAUUUAAGUUUUUGUACGCUCGAAUGGUAUCGUCUUCCGACUAACGUAGCGCGAGAUAUGAUAUUAGUGAUAAUGGCGUCAAGCGUCCCACCAAAAGUUACAGCUGGGAGUAUCAUCGAUUUAUCCCUCAGGACAUUCGGUGACGUAAUUAAAUCUUCUGUAGUUUAUUUGAACAUACUUCGACAAGUUACCGAAUAA